AUGUCGUCGAAACCGGUAACGCCGGUAUCGCAGCGCCGUCCGUAUCCUGGCGAAAAUGAAAACACCCGGAUCCCGCAACCCUUCUGCCGGUCCUAUUCGCUGCGCAUGCGCACCAGCCGGAGCUUCCAUGACUACCAACAUUACCGGAGCGAGUGCUGCGAGUGCGAUUGUGAUGGUACGCAGCAACAGCAGCUGGGCAACCAUCCAAGCAAUCUAGUCAUGCAAGGAUCGGGCGUGAAGACGAAAAAUACGACCGCCGUAUUGCACGGAGGUAGUAAAUCGAUUUCCCAUGGCCACCACCAUCAGCAGCAGCAACGUUCACCAACGAUGGCCACUUCGAAUCCUGCCACGGACGGUCACGAUGCGGUAGAUUCAUUCGCCGUUCCAACCAGCACCGGGAAGGAUGGUCCCAUACCGAACGGUGUAAUACCGCACGGCGGCACCAGUGAUGGCGGUCAUACACCGCACGGCCACUGCAUCACAUCAACGUCCCCGGCCGGGCUGUGCAAAGCGAAGGGAACGUGCCAGCAGCUGAAACAGCCGCCCAGCAUCAUCAGCUGCCAGCAGAAGCAGCAUGAACGUGGCAUGUCUUUGAAUUUAAUCAACUCUGGACACAGUAGCAGCAGUCAAAGAACGCCGCGAACUCCGCAAACACCGAACGGAGGGCCUGGUAUAGGAUUACAACGCCAAGGUGGUGGAACAGGUGGAGGCCUUAGUCCAAAGACGCCACCCGUUUCGCCGGAAUCACCAAUCAACAGCUAUUUGGAUGAUGAUCUAGAUUCCCUGCACAGCUACAGCUCGGUGGCGAGUGGCAUGUCGUGUGAUCAUCCGUACGUGGCACGCAACGGAACCACCUUCAGUGGUCGCAAGAUGAAGUACGUGGUACACUGCUCCAGCCAUGCCGGACAAACCGGGGGCGACUAUCUGACACCGACGCAGCGCGCCCAGCGUCAGAUACGGCGGCUCAAGGAGCUGCUAUCGCAGGCUCGGUGCGAUCUGGAGCAGCGUGACAGCGAGAUCCUGCGGCUCACGAAGGAGGUGGUAGAGCUGCGACUGUUCAAAGCAUCGCUUAGCUCCCCGGAGGAGCGUAGCAACUCGAGCGAUGCGGUAACGGUGCGGGAAAACACCACGAACGAUGUGAAUACGCCCAGCUCGAGCCAGGACAUUUCGCCCAUCGUCGAUCAGAUCGACGAGGGCGUUGCGAAGGCGAGUCCACGGCACCAUCAUCACCAUAUGCAGGCAGGCAUCCAUCAGGUGCAGUUCAUCGACAAGCUGUCGACGUCCGAGAUGCAAAGCUCGUUUGCCGAUUCGGGUCAUUUCGAAGACAUUACGACGUCCUCGAUCCACUCGAAGGAUUCGUACGUACACACGCAGGACCGUGCGUGCGGAAGCGACGAGGAUAUGGACGCGGAGAAGAAUCGCCUCAUCGCGCUGUACGAGGAACGCAUCGAGGAGCUGAUCAAGCAGCACCAGACGGAAGAGCAGCAGCUACGAACGUCAAACAAUGAUCGGUUCGAGGUACUGCUGCAGAAGCUGGCCGAGUCCAACACACGCUACUGUGACUUGGUGCCGGACUACGAGCAAGCGAAAGAGCGCAUUCGGGAUCUAGAGAAGCAGCUGGAAAAGCUGCAAGCUCAACUGCAGGAGCAGGAGGAUAAGGCGAACAAGAUGUAUCUGCAUAUGUACACCAAGGGACAGGAGGCUGAACGGCAGGAACAAGCCGACCGUGUUAGUGACAUGGCUCACGCUUCUCCGAGUCGCGUUUCUAUCCCAGAACUGAUGCAGCAGCUCCAGGUUACGCAGGAUGAACUGGAAAACAUUAGGGAUACGAACUAUCAGCAAGAAAAUGGCGGUACGCAGGUUUUACUGAGCGCAAAAGAAGCAAUCUCACUCUGGCUUCUCGGUGCCCGUAAGACCAUGUACAAGCGGUUGAUUGACGCCCAGCAGACGAAAAACAAAGUCGAUCCCGAGGUGACGCUGCAGUUCCUGAAAAGCGCGAUCUACUACUUUCUGACGGAUAAGGAAAAUUCACAGGGACACUUGAAUGCGAUUGAAAGCAUUCUAGGAUUCUCCGAUGUAGAGCGCUCUAACAUCGAUAAGGCUCGAGCGUACAAGUAGAAUCGUUUAGUGCACUACAAUCUUAG